AUGGCCGCCGAUAGCGACGAUGAAAGUCCACUCCAUAAGGCCGCUUUCGAUCGCGACCCGAAGGCCUUGCGACAAUUACUUAGUCAGGGUGCUGUCGAUCCUAAUUUUUCACCAAAUCAGCGUGAUGGCAAGUUCGGGAGGACGCCUCUCCACGAGUUGUGCAAAAAUUAUAGUAGAGGUCAUAGACACAAAGAAAGAAGCGUCAUCUGUUUCGAAUUACUUCGCGCGGCGGGCGCGGACGUAAACGCGCGGGAGAACCCGACGACCCAGGCGUUACAGGACGGUUACAUUGGUGGUAGGAGACCACUUCACUGGGCUGCGGGGAAUAGCGCACGUCAGCAUCUUGUCCAGCGGCUGAUUGCAUCCGGCGCCCAUGUGGAUGCUGUGUCGGAUGACGGUCGUACGCCUCUGCACCAUGCAGCGAGGGCAGGCUGUGCCGACGCGGCUUGCCUGCUCAUUAGAGCGGGCGCAGAAGUGAAUUUGAGAGACUCGUGUCUUCCUCAUUGUUUUUCUGGCUACACGCCGUUGGAAGCGGCGGUCGCGUGGAGUGAAAACGUCAAGGCUUUCCCCAUACUUCUGCGUGCCGGCGCUACCUUGCCUGACCUCAGGACUGACUGGGCCUUGUACGAGGAGACCGAGCCUCGAGCAAGAUGGUAUAUAGAAAGGGUGGAGGACGAAGGCGGCUUCGCGAACCUCGCACGUCUUCACCUCAAUAAACUGACCGAGACGUUCGUACCUAAGUUUGCUGGCCGUCUCCCGCCCGAAAUCGUCCGGCAUGUUGUCUCUUUUUGGUUACACGCUGGCUAUUACGAUGAAGGAGGAGAGAGAGUCGACGAAGCGAAGUACGACUCGCUCGUUGCCGACAUCACUCGCAAGGUCGACGAGAUGGCAAGUCUCAAGGUCGUCCCUCGCGCUUCGCGUAGGGCCCGUAAGCUCCGCCACGCGCUCGAGGCGGACCUGGAUUCGGAUGAUGAUUGGACCGCGGGUUCCUAA